ACGAAGCGGCACCACGUGUUCCUUGCCGUACAAGUGAAUAGCUUAAAAAGCUUACCGUGCGCGCCACGACGUGUCCUUAAAGUGGCUACACCGGUGACGUGACGGAAGAAGAAAAAAAAAAGAAACUAGGCAGAGUGCAAAAGAGAGAGAGAGAGAGAGAGAGAAGUGAUACGGAGAGAAAAAGAUUAGAAAAAAAAAAAGCUGAUUUAUACGUGUCUAGUUUUCGUUAGUGUCCGAUUGGUGCGAAACGAUCGUCGAGUGAAGUAUAAAGAAAAAAAAAAAAAUAAACAAAUAAAUAAAUAAACAAAGAAGAUAUUUAAUUAUCCUCCUCAACUUUGCUUUUGCGACACUAGUGGCGGCAGGUGUGCGGUUUCACGGAAUCGUAGCUGCAUUCAUAUUCAAACGGGAAAUUAAUCGUUGUGUGAAAACUACGCCGUUAUACCUCUAUGCUUGCGAGUUUGAUCACCACGUGUCCCUGGCGUGUAUUUCAAUCGUGUGACAUGUCGCGUUGUGUUAAGGCGAGCCGGAGAACAAGUGAAUAGCGUGUGUGAAAUACAACAGCCUCGACUGCAGUAGUCGGUAAACUCUCGAAGUUCACUGCAUUCCGACCGCGCAGUGAAUAGCGGAAGCAAUAUCAAAUCGUCCGCAGUAAUGAAAAUUGGGAUCGGAACAGCGGCCAUGAUGGUUGAAAUAAGGAAAGUGUAGCAUGCAUCUCCCACUACGGUUAUUACUUAUAAUACCAGAACACUUCGCAUCAACACCAAAUUCCCUGAGGUUAGGGAAAUGAGAUCGUGGCUACGACUCACAGGACGAUAAUAAGAUGUGGACGUCACGGCUACGUACGAGGCGGAAGUGGCAUCACCCACCAUCCGGGAGCGGAGGGACGUUACCAGAGUCCCGGACGAGGAGUCGAAUAAAUUUUGUAUGGUCAAUCCUUGCCAUGCUGCUGGUAACUGCCACGAGAAAAAUUGAAAGUGCGGAGUGUCCACCCCCCGAGACCAUCCCCGGCUGUCCCUGCUAUAACUUCGAAGACGGACUCUUCCUCGAGUGCGCUGGCGCUACCGAGGAGUCCUUGAAGGUCGCCCUGCUCGGAGUACUCAUCACGUCUGGUGGUGAAGGAGCAGUCGUCCAAUCGUUGAGCGUCUACGAGCUAGACCGCAACGUCGAGGAGCUAAGAGAAGUCGCCUUCCCGAUCGGGACCCAGAUCCGGCAUCUGCAGAUAUCGCAUUCGCGGAUAAAGGAAAUUAGCGAGAAUGCUUUCGAGCGGCUCGGCCAGAGCCUCGAGUCCCUCGCCCUUGUUUCGGGGCGUCUUCCACACGUGCCGCAGAAGGCCUUGGCGCCUCUGCUGCGUCUAACGGUCCUGGACCUGGAGGGGAAUCUCGUUCACGAUCUUCCCAGCUACAGCUUUUACGGAUUAUCUUUGAUAAAACUGAACGUGAAGGGGAACCAAAUUGCAAAGAUAUCGGAAUACGCUUUCACGGGGCUUGAGGACACGCUGACAGAUUUGGACCUCGCCGAAAAUAAGAUUAGGGUGUUCCCCAUGACGGGACUGAGACGAUUGGAGCGUCUCACGUCUCUGCGGUUGGCUUGGAACGAGAUAUCCGAGCUGCCCGAGGAUGGAUACUCGAAGCUGAAGGCUUUGAAUUUUUUAGACCUUAGUAGUAACAAUUUUGAAGUUAUAACACUUAACUGCUUUAGAUGUUGCCCGUCCUUACGAACUCUCUCGCUAUAUUACAACGCGGUGGAGUCAGUUGACAAGGACGCCUUCAUAUCGCUAAGUUUCCUCGAAUCCAUCGACUUGAGUCACAACAAGAUAGUAUUCCUAGACAUUUCUACAUUCCGUGCCAAUCAGAGGCUGAGGUCGAUUGAUCUCAGUCACAACCACAUCCACUAUAUACGAGGCGUAUUCUCGAAGCUGCCGGACCUCAAGGAGCUCUUCCUAGCGGAGAACAACAUCCUUGAGAUACCGCCCGAGGCCUUCGCCGGUAGCACCAGCCUUUCGGUCGUCUAUCUUCAGCAGAACGCGAUCAGAAGGAUAGACCCUCAGGGUCUAGCUACCUUGAAUCAGCUGGCCCAGCUACACCUGAGUGGAAACUAUAUAGAGAAAAUUCCCCGAGACUUCCUUGGACAUUGUGAGAACCUCUCUACGCUUUCACUUGACGGCAACAACAUCCGCGAGCUCGAAGUCGGGACAUUUGCCAAAGUUAAACAGCUCCGGGAACUCCGGCUGCAGGACAACCAGAUCACCGAGGUGAAGAGAGACGUUUUUACCCCGCUUCCUUCCCUCCUUGAACUUCAUCUUCAGAACAACGCCAUCACCGACAUGGAGACCGGAGCUCUGAGGUCUCUGCACAGCCUGCAGCACGUCAACUUGCAGGGGAAUCUGCUCGCCGUUCUCGGAGACGUGUUCCAGGUAUCGAACGACGUUGGCCAGAAUGGGAACGGCGGCAGCUCACUAGUCUCUAUUCAGCUGGACAAUAACGGACUUGGCGUUUUACACAAUGACUCGCUCCGGGGUCAGGCAUCCGUACGGAUAAUGUGGUUGGGACACAACAGGCUGACCCGUCUUCAAGCACCGCUGUUUCGCGACUUGCUGCUCGUCGAACGACUCUAUCUGACAAAUAAUUCGAUAUCCAGAAUAGAGGACGCGGCCUUUCAGCCGAUGCAGGCGCUCAAGUUUCUCGAGCUUAGUAUGAACCGACUCAGCCACGUUACGGUCAAGACUUUCUCGGAACUUCACGAACUUGAAGAACUAUAUCUCCAGGACAACGGACUGCGAAGACUCGACCCGUACUCUUUGACGGCUCUGAAAAGACUCCGGGUUCUUGACCUGGCCAACAACCAUCUCAACGUUCUCCACGAUACCAUAUUUCAAGAGGGACUGCCCAUCCGGACGUUGAAUCUCCGCAAUUGCACCGUCAGUGUCAUAGAGCGCGGGGCUUUCAGAGGAUUGAAUAACCUCUACGAGUUGAACCUGGAACACAAUCAUCUAACGGCCGCUGCCUUGGAUAGGCUUGACAUACCCGGACUCAGAGUUCUCAGGGUGUCUCACAACAACUUCAGUCAAAUAAACGGCGAAUCACUGGAUGGCCUUCCUUCGCUUCAACAGCUCACCAUGGACUCGGUCCAGCUUCAUCGUAUUCCUCCGGAAAUAUUUUCGAAGAAUAAAAACCUCGGUAAGUUGAUGCUGAGCAAUAAUAUCCUACGAAGUCUUCCCGGGCUGUUGUUAAUCGGUCUGGAAUCGCUGAAGGAAGUUAAACUCGACGGUAACAGGUUUCAAGACAUUCCUUACGACGCUUUCGCUAAUGCCACAUCGAUAGAGAUAUUGUCAUUGGCUAAAAACGUGAUACUGAAUGUGGACGUGUCGAAACUCAACGGCAUGACAAACCUCAGGGAACUUGACCUUCGUGGAAAUUAUAUUUCUUCUCUUUACGGAUUUGCCGCGGCUAACUUGUCCCGUCUCAACGCAGUCGAUUUGAGCCAUAACCGCUUGACUGCUCUGCCCGCGAACUUCUUCAUCCGCUCGCACUCGUUACGACGUGUGGACCUCGCGGUUAACAACUUUCGUCAAAUACCCGGGGUCGCCCUAUCAUCCCAAAAUAUACCCGCACUCAGCUGGCUCAACAUGACCGCUAAUCCUCUGAUGAGAAUUCACGAAAUCAGCUCGGAAGCAAAGUACCCGGCCCUUCAGGAGAUUCACAUCUCUGCCACCAACCUCACCAUCGUAACCAGUCAGGAUUUCGAAGCGUUUCCGGCACUGAUGCACCUCUUCAUGGGAAACAAUGUUAUAUCCAGGGUGUCUCCAAGCGCUUUUCGAAACCUACCGAAUUUACUAACCCUCGACAUGAGCUCGAACGAACUCGAGCUCCUGCCCCAGGAGAGGCUAAGGAGACUGGAGCAUCUAAAGCUGCUCAACUUGACGCACAAUAAACUGAAAGAACUCGAAAAUUUCCCACCGGACUUAAAAGCCUUACAGAUUCUCGAUUUAUCUCAUAAUCAGAUCAGCGGUGUCGGAAAGAACACCUUCCAACACCUAGAGAAACUCGAGGAACUGCAUUUGUAUGGAAACUGGAUAUCCUUUAUAUCCCCGGACGCCUUCCGACCUCUGAAAAAACUCCGUAUUCUUGAUCUUAGCAAAAAUUAUCUCGAAAAUCUACCUCUCAACGCGUUUCGACCCCUGGAAACUCAAAUCCGGAGUCUUCGAGCCGAAGAAAAUCCCCUCAACUGCGGAUGCGAAUCUCAAGAACUUUGGGAAUGGCUGAGGGACCAUCAAAAGCUUGUGGGUGGCGUUGGCCGAAAUAGAGGUGGAAUGGGAGUCAAUGAGAUGGAAAGUGGAUUGCUGAGAUGCGAAAAACCUCCCGAACUUCGGGGCCAGGUAUUCCUGGACCUCGACCCCCACGCCUUUUGUUCGGCUCCGCUCAUCCCUAAGCUCGCUAUCCAGGACAUUCAACCGUUUUCGGUUCUAGUUUCUUGGCAGAGCAGAAACCAUUCAAGGCUUCAAGGAUACCAAGUGGCGUAUCACGCGAUGGACAACGUCGAUGAGGUGCGAGGUAAGGUGUUGGAGCCAAGCGCCCGUUCGGUGAAACUUCCAAAAUUGUUCUCAAACACGCGUUACCGGAUCUGCGUAUUCGGCCUGGGUAACUGGGGUGACCUUGAAGAGCAGAGAAACAUGAUUGGUCAGUUCAACGCGUCGCACGGUGAUAUUUUCGAGAUGAUGAUGCUGCCGGAAAUGAUCGACUCUCGGACGAGUCGAUGCACGGAAGUGAAGACCCUGGAGGCCGUGGAAACGGAAAUCACCAGUAUCGGCUCCGUCGGGGAAGUCGAAGGAGUGACGAGCAUACUAACCCGAAGAUUAGGUCUGAUAGUCGGGUGCUGCAUGGGCUUUAUCGUGUUCAUAGUCCUGGUUUCCGUGCUCGGUUAUCUCAAAGUGAAGAAACAGAGGGAAGCUGUGAAGCGAGACCAGCAGGCCAUUCCGUCGGAGUGCAUCUCCUACCGGCACUUCAGCAUCCAAAGUGGAGAAGCCGGACACGGGGCCAGAGUUACGAACCAGGAUUCACAGCAGCAGCAUCCAAGCUUCAUCACCAACGUUGGUAACACUUCUCUGAACGUUUAGGCGUUCGCCAAAAACGAUUAGACGAAAUAAUCUCGGGAUGGAAAUGGAAGGGACAGCUCUUCUCACGGUUGAAACAAAACUGAACCAGUAGUGAAGGGCAUCCUGCUCAAACUCCGAAGAAAAAUAGUAACUCGAUAUUGAGAGUGUGUGACAAAUGAUUUAUCGAUCGCCUCGACGUUACAAGUUGCAGGAAAUGAUAAUAAUUAUGAUUGUUUUAAAAGUGAAUGUCAUUGCCGAUUCUAUAACCUUGAAAACAAUUAAAGUUUAUAUAAAAGUGACUGACCAAAAUCGAUCGCCAACGAGACAUUGAUAACCAAUUUUAACAAUAAUUAAUAUAGGCAAAGUGAUGUAAAUAAUUACAUCUACAUAGGUAUGUAUCAGGUACACAGUCAUGUACGCUCAUAUGAAACCCAAAACACUAAGCUUCUGUCCAACGAAUUGUUAUCCUAAGUCGAAAAUAGAAGGAAUAGGGGAAAAGUCAGUUUAUUCGACGAUUAGAAGAGAGUGGGGCUAGUUGUCAGAAGUCAGUUUCGGCUUUUUACCUGCACUGCCGUUCGAAUUUUUAUUCCUGCCUAAACUUCAACGUAAACGGAAAGAGAUUCGCUGAAAAUUCGAAUUUUACUUUCCGACGUCAUUUUUUCUUUAUCAAAAGAUUCCAGCUGCCACAAAUAGACAAAGUAUUUCCCAAUAAAAAAAAAAUUGAUAGAUAAGUUUUUGGUAAAUUGUUUUCUUGCAAAAACAUUGUAUAAAUAGUUGCAUAUGAAAGGGUUAUAAAACGCGCACGCUUAAAUGGAAGAAGUAAACGAAAAUUGAUAAGUGUUAAUUCUCUUGCCUGCGACUAGCUCCAAGAUUAUUGGUUCACUAGAUAAAUCAAAAGACUGCUCCAGGGCCUAUACAAGCGUAACGCGAUGAGCACGCAUGUAUAAAACAUACCUAUACGUAUACACAAUAGGACCUUCUACCAGAAAUCUCCGUACACCAGCUAUAAAACCUGAUUAAAACAGUUGAACAAAUUAGUAAUAAGAUGGGGGGGAAGUGACGCAUUUUGUAAAGAAAAGAGUCUAAAAACAAAAGUGAAAAUAAAAAAAAAUAAAUAAAAAUAGGGAAAAACUAACAAUUUUGUACGAGCUUUAAUUUAUCGUAAUUUUAAGACGGUGAGAUUAAAAUAAAUGGUUCUCGAGUCGCAAGGUGUUUUGAUGGUAGCAAAUAUUAAAGGCGAGCUUUGACGUACGUUUAAGUAAAACAACUGCCUCUUUAAUGCCCAUUUAAACUGCACCCGGUACUCGAUUAUCAUAUAGGUAUACCUUGUUAUAUUGAAUUUUGACAAAGCUGCAUUGCAUUUUACAGUUUCAACGGGCCAUUAUAUGGAAUCAGAAUCUUAAACAACCGAAUAUUUCGUAAAGUGCAUUCAACUUUGAUGAAAUUGGUCUUUUUUUUUUUUUGUUAUGUAAAUUAAACGUCCGACUAUGUCUUCUUCGCGGUGUUGCAUCUAAGUGCAUGUACAGAGUGAAUUUCCAAUGACCGCAUGGUCCGUCAUCUAUUGAAAUUCAAUGCGCAUAUGCUACAAUCCGAGAGCACCUGUUUGCCAGGCCGACCAACUGCCGUAAUGUAACCUCCAAAAUUCUGCCAGUUUUCGGUGGCAAUUCUGCCCAUGACUCAAUUGUCAAAAUUUAUAUAAUAUAUAAUAAUGUUUUAAUUUACGCUGGCACGCUCGGCGUCUCACCUUUUUUUUUUUUUUUUUUUGCAGCUUUCUAUUUGUUAAACUACUUUUUUGAUAACAACUGCCGAGUUUUUUGGUUCCACAUGGCCCCCGAAAUAUUUCCAAGUCUAAAAACAAAACAUAAAAUUUAUUUGUUUAUUUAUUGUAAAAAUAGCACAUGUAAAAAAAUGGUCGAAAUUCGUACUUAUCCCCGAAAUGAAGCAUUUUCUGCUAACCUACCAAUUUUCAACAGAAUAUUUUCAACAUUUUUCUUGUUUUUUUUUUGUCCGCCAUAUUGGAUCCGCCAUUUUGAAUUUUCGAAUAUCGAAACAAGAUUCGUAAUCAACGAACCCAAAAGCCCGUGUAAACAAAAUUUCAAAUGAAUCGCACAUAAGGAAAAAUAUAUGCUUGAAGGGGUGAACAUUUUUACAAUUCUAGAGCGACUUUCAAGGAGUUAGCUUUUCAAAGUAUGAACAUGUUCUCUUUGUUAUGAUUUACUAGCUGAAUUUCAAAAAAUCCUAAGGGUCGAAGUAACGAUUCUUCCUGAACAUGGAUGAUUAUAGUAAUGUCACUAAUUUCAAACUCAUGAAAUUUUUAAGGUAACGUACAUCGCGGCGAACUAUCGUCUAAUAAAGGUUAGUUUCCCUGGCAAACAAACGCUCUCGGAUCGUUGCGCGCGCGCAUUACAUUUCAGCAGACGACGGACUAUGCAGUCGUUAGAAAUUCACUCUGUAUACACAGUAUAUAUUGUGCAUGUGUAAUAUAUUUAUAAACUGGAACAAUUAAUCGCAAUUUCUAUAAGCGCGACUUAAAUUACGAGGUGCUGCGUCUCGUAGAGAAUACUGGUAGAUUGUUAUUAACCAUACAAAUAGCGUAUGCAUAAUAUUAUUACAAAAUGUCGUACGUAUACCUGUAGGUACUAUUUGAUCACAAUUGAAAAUUUGAGUUGGAUCAAUCGGCGCAAUAAUGAGCGAAAAAAGCGUAUGAACCACAAAUGAUUGCAUAAAAAUAUUUUUCAUAUAUCGCGUCGGGUAUGUAUUAUAAUGUGUAUAUAAUAAUGCAUCUCGUUGCGUCCGUACGGCUAUAUGUAUAUUGUAUAAAACGAAUAAUGUGUCGCCGCAGCUCUAUUACAUAUUGAAUUAUACAUGGUAUGUAACUAAUACUAGGUUACUCUCUAAUAAAAGAAAUUUUUUAUAAUAA